CCUGCGGCGUUGGUGAGGUCCGGAGCGCGGCUUCCCCGCGGGCAGCGCAAUGGGUUGCGGGAACUCCACUGCCACCAGCGGGGGCGCGGGCCGAGGUCCGACAGGAGCAGUUAAAGAUGCGACAGAAGACUCAAUUACGGACGAAGACAAGAGGAGAAACUAUGGCGGAGUGUACGUUGGUCUGCCUUCUGAAGCCGCCAAUAUGGUGUCUAGUCAAGCAAAGACAGUACGGAAAAGUGACCCCUGUGAAGGGUCAUUUGCCCUCCAAAGGGUCAUGACCCACAGGUUGAGAACCGCAGCUCUAAGUGACUUAUGA